UAAGAGCCUCACUGUCGCCUUGGUUACAUCCAGUAGCUAACACAGAUCUUUACUGUCCUUAGCAUCUUAACAUCUGGGAGUUCAAGCAUUGCAGGCUUACUGUUCUCUUCGCCCUGGACAAACUGUGAGUCGUCUCUGACAGUUUAAAAAAAUGAGUGGGAGCAGUGACAACACCAAGCCUGUGACCUGCACAGUCAAACCUCCAGUCCAGCUGCAGCUCAGAGACACCAACACAGACACAGCCCCUUCUGGUGUUUGUGUUGUAGAUGUCAGCCUCCCCUUUGGAAAGCCUGUCAGUAUUGAAGAAAUCACCUUUAAGAACUACUACACAGCCUAUGUGACUGUGCGUUUGUUGAGGAGGAGCCCCGGGCAGGAGGCCCCCGCUAAGUGGUGCACUGCUCUGAGAGAUCUGCGUCUGAUGGACAACCCCCACACCGAGGGGGGCUCCCAGGACUACUACUCCAUUCACAGGACACAAAUGCUGGUGGAGCCGGAUUGUGUGGUGUUGGUGCGACUGAUCCUGAGACAACCGUCCUCUGCCUGGCUCACCUUCAGCCUCGAAGAGAUCAGAAUAUACCCUCACCUAGAGCCGGAGCCAGAGAAGGAGGUUUCUGAUUGGCUGUCAGACCUGACCCUGGUUGACCAACACCCUGAUCUGGAGGGCCUCCCAGACCCCCAGACUGUAUCAUCCAGUAUCCAGCAAAUGUGGGCUCUGACAGAGGUCAUGCAGACCAGCCAGACUACAGCCUCCGUUGGACGAUUUGAGGUAGACGGAUGCUACGAUAUCAGCCUGCUCUCCCUGAUGUAACAUGGCCGUUGGUCUGAUGAAGCUCACAUUACGGAAGCCUGGAAGACCACAGUUCAGCAGUGAAAGGAGUAGCACUGAAGACCAUUCAAUAUGAUCCCAUCUGCUUUGGAGCCAUUGUGACAGUGCACAUCACAAUGUGCAAUGCUGCUUUCCUUUUUACUUUAACACUGGCUAAUGAGAGAAUCAUAGUUAACCAUAAUUUAAUUUAUUGUGCCAUGGACAUAAGCCUGUACUAGGGUGUGUGGUCUGUGUAAUACGUUUGUCACUGAAUGUUCAGUGUGAACUGCACUUGUAACUACCCAAGCUGCUGUAUUUAUUGAGCUAAAAGCUCAAAUCCUGGAUAAUGUGUGGUACUGUGAUACUGUAACAGUAUUAUUGGCUAGUAUCAGUAUUUUGCUAUAACCUACUGAUACCACUGGACACCUUCUCCCUGGAGCCGGCUGACUUGUGCAGAGGUCCAGCAGGACAAGCUGGAGCAGGUUUUAACUGGUUCUGUUCACUAAAUGCACAUCAAACUGUCCCGUACCAGACUGGGACAUACUCAGAAAUAUUGUAUGUGUUGACUGUGGAGCACUUGGGGGCAGUAGUGCAUUAUUAAAGAGCUGUGCGUGUACAACAUCUAUCUGUGUGAGCACUCAUUUAGAUUAAAGUGGACAUUUUUGGAAAGUGAGAACACUGUGGCCCAACCUCACUUCUUCAAAUGGCUGUUGAGGACAAACUCGGUUUAGGUGAAGGUCAGGGUAACCAUCAAAUCCACAUUAACGUUAGAGUCAGGAGCUAAGAAAUGUAUUGGGUCUUACAUUUAUCAUUUAUUUGGACAAAGUACAUUUAUUUAAGUACAAACAUGAGUUUAAGUGUCUGAACAUGUUGUGAUCUAGCUGUAAAAACUGGUAUUCAUGACAGAGCAGUUAUCAAACAAUAUAAACUUAGGGAAUAUUGUACAGAGGCUGGAAUAUACUCCAGAGGUCCUUCUAAGAAUAUAUAAGCCAGUGUUCUUGUUUUACUUGGUGUUCAGAAGAAAAUCGUUUUCACCAGUUUCCUUCAACGGUACAGUCUACAGGUGUUUUUAUUUCUUGUUUUACAAUAUGAGUAAAGAACAUCUUUACUCAUAUUGUGAACGGUGUAUGAGUGGGAGAUUGCCUUGUAUAGCGCUGUUCUCUGCAUUGCUGCAAUAUUUGCCCAUUCACACUCCCAAGCACACACACCAGUCACAUCACCAGGAGCAACUGGGGGCGUCAGUGUCUUGCUCCAGGACACCUCAACAUAUGAACUGGAGAAGCUGGGAGUCAAACCACCAACCUUCCAGUUGGAAAACAACCUGCUCUACCUCCUGAGUCACAGCCGCCCUGUGUCACUGGAUAUGCCAUCCCUGGAGAGACAACCUGACGGUACCUACAAGUAUGUUAGACAGUUGGGAGGACCCCACAUGCAGUACUACACCCCAGGACAGCAGCAGCUCUGGUUAUACCACUGACUGUAAAAACAAUGGAAAGGCUGACAGCUCCCAGACCCAAUCACCCCCAGGUGGCUGGAUGCAGUACAGGUCAUAAACCCCGUCUCCUCCAUGUUAUUAUCAGGCUGAUGUAAACAGAGGUGUGUUUCAGUUGGUUUGACAGCUUUGAUUGGUGGCCUGAUGCUGUCACUCCACUUCUGGUUGCUACUAAGCACAAUCUGGUUGCAAAAAAGCUCAAUUGCAGCUGCUGGAUUCAUGAUGGUUUGGCUUCAGUUUGCAUAGUGGAAGGAAGUGGUGAUGUCAUGUCCAUUGUAUGCUGUGCCCCAUGUUCCAGGCCGAGCAGAACAUCAGUCUGAGCCUGGCGGUUCGUCCCUGAUGUGUGCUCAAGUCUGUUUUGAAAAUACUGCUGAAGACAAAUGUUUUCACUGAUAUGUUCGCUAGCAACAUAAUUGUGACUUGCCAGAUAUGUCAAUUACCAAGAUUUCCUCAGUCUGUUAAUAGAAAACAUGAUCUGGUCACAGUGGUGUUUCCUCACAGACAUACUGGAUGACAGCGAGUUGUAUAUGAGCAUCGUUUCUAAGGGACAGGGUGGAUUUUAAUCCACUCUGUCAUUAGGAUUUCCCUUUCACUCACAUCACCUCCCAGUGUCCCACUGGAUCUCCCCUUGUAUUUUAUUUUAUUUCCCUCUAGCAUUUUUGGUCAGUCUUUCCUCUUCUCCUGUCCUGCUGUGUGCCUGUAAACUCCACCAACACAUUAAAUGUGAUACACA